AUCUGUGUGAGAGUGACGCUCCGUGGGCUCUCCUUUCGCGGUGGUGUGCGUGCACUUUUGUCGCUGCAGCUUUUUCGUGGUUGCGACUGCGACUGCGACUCGACUCCCUGCGAGUUGUAGUUGUUUGGUUUGUGGCUUUUGUUGUGCGACGCAAGUGACGACGUGAAGACCAGAAUUGCGAGCGGAGCGGCUACAGCCUCAGCUUCUGCUACUGCUAAUACCGCUGCUGUUUCCCGAUUCCGAUUCUCAAUUGCGAUUCUCAGUUGCGAUUCUCAGACGUUGGCGAACCGAGAACCGGUGACGUAGACGUUGCCGUCCGCCAUUAUAUUACAACGCGGCUGCCACACGCAAAAUUGGACAUACCCAAAAAUAACCAUCGCCAACUGCAGUUGUUCGGAAAAGUGUGCUUGCCAAAUCCAAAAAAAAAUCUAAGAAAAAUAACACCAGACCAUAAAUUCCCAUAGUUAUAUUUAUUAAAAAGAAAUAUGCUGGCAGAGAGCGCGCGCGGCAUGCGAAUCGAAACGGAAACGUAACAACGGAACGGCGGGCGGCCAAUUGUGAUCUCAUAUACGAUACGAUCUUAAAUAAAAUACAAAUAUUCUAUGUAGAAAAUGCCAGGAAUCUAGCAACAAAUUGUGCAACGCCGUGAGGAAUACAAAAUACAUAAAUAUCAAUAGUUCAAAUUGAACGCAACGAAGCAGUAAUAUUGUGAAUUUCUUAGUGCAAGCCAAAUACAACAAAAAAAAAGAAAAAAAAACAAAAAAAGAAAUGGCGGAGGGUAAUGGCGAACUGUUAGAUGAUAUUAAUCAGAAAGCCGAUGACCGUGGCGAUGGCGAACGUACAGAGGACUAUCCCAAGCUGCUGGAAUACGGUCUGGACAAGAAAGUCGCCAGCAAACUGGAUGAAAUCUACAAGACCGGCAAGUUGGCUCAUGCCGAGCUGGACGAGCGCGCCUUGGAUGCGCUCAAGGAGUUUCCCGUCGAUGGUGCCUUGAAUGUGCUGGGUCAGUUCCUCGAAUCGAACCUGGAGCAUGUGUCAAACAAGUCCGCCUACCUGUGCGGCGUGAUGAAGACGUACCGCCAGAAGAGCAGGGCCAGCCAACAGGGCGUGACCGCGCCCGCAGCUGCCAUUCAGGUCAAAGGUCCCGACGAGGACAAGAUCAAGAAAAUCCUCGAGCGCACCGGCUACACAUUAGAUGUGACGACAGGUCAGCGCAAAUACGGCGGUCCGCCACCGGAUUGGGAGGGAAAUGUGCCGGGCAAUGGCUGCGAGGUCUUCUGCGGCAAGAUACCCAAGGACAUGUACGAGGACGAACUGAUUCCGCUCUUCGAGGACUGCGGCACAAUCUGGGACCUACGCCUCAUGAUGGACCCGAUGACGGGCACAAAUCGUGGUUAUGCAUUUGUCACAUUCACAAAUCGCGAAGCGGCCGUCAAUGCAGUGCGACAGCUCGAUAAUCACGAAAUAAAACCCGGCAAGUGUCUGAAAAUAAAUAUAAGCGUACCGAAUCUGCGCCUUUUCGUAGGCAAUAUUCCCAAGUCAAAGGGCAAAGAUGAAAUUUUAGAGGAAUUUGGUAAACUUACAGCUGGCCUUUACGAGGUAAUCAUAUACAGUUCGCCAGAUGAUAAGAAAAAGAACCGCGGCUUCUGCUUUCUCGAAUACGAGUCACACAAGGCGGCAUCUUUGGCCAAACGAAGACUUGGCACUGGAAGAAUCAAGGUUUGGGGAUGUGAUAUAAUAGUCGACUGGGCCGAUCCACAGGAGGAACCGGAUGAGCAGACUAUGUCCAAGGUUAAAGUUCUUUAUGUGCGAAAUCUAACCCAGGACGUCUCAGAGGAUAAACUAAAGGAGCAAUUUGAGCAAUAUGGAAAGGUGGAACGCGUUAAGAAAAUUAAAGACUAUGCCUUUAUACACUUUGAGGAUCGUGAUAGCGCCGUCGAAGCUAUGCGUGGCCUUAAUGGCAAGGAGAUCGGCGCCUCAAAUAUUGAGGUCUCUCUAGCCAAACCUCCUUCAGACAAAAAGAAAAAGGAGGAAAUUCUGCGGGCUCGUGAGCGCCGUAUGAUGCAAAUGAUGCAAGCGCGUCCCGGGAUCGUGGGAUUUGAAACCUUGUCUCCAUACAGAAAUCUGUCGCCGACACAUCCCAGCAUGAUGUCCUUGACGCCCAUGCGCCUCCAAGGGGCGCGCAUGCCGCUGCGUACGCCGAUACCUCGCGAAUACGACUACGAUUACGACUAUUUCGGUUUCUCGGACUAUCGCCAAGGGGCCUAUGCCAACGAGUCGUUCUACGAGGAGCUGUACCGCUCGUACGAUCAGGAUUACAACUACUAUGAGUACCCGGGUGGCGCCACCACCACCGGGAGCAGUGGGGGCGGAGCGAGUGUGGCCGGCAGUUCGGUGGUUCCGCUCUCGGCCGGCGGCUCGCAGAACUCUCCGCUGGCCAGUGGUCAGCGAUCGGCCAGAGGAUCGACCAGUGGUCCCAGUGGUUCGACGGGCGUUAUGGGAGUUGGUCGUGGGCAUGGAAUCACAGUGCCGCGUGGCAGAGUCGUUGGCCAACGUGGCAGCAUCAGUCGUCUGGGGGCCCAAACAGCGCCACAGGCGGCGGCAGCGGCAGCGGCGGCGGGACAGGCGGCGGCGGCGGUAGCUCAGCGGGGGGCCACCGGUCAGGGGGCGCCGGCAGCAACCGGGGGGGUCCGUGGGGUGGUGCCAACGCGUCCCAGCGUUCGUGGCACCCAGCACGUCAAGCCGCUACAAAAUUUACCAGUAGUCGGUAAACGUAAGUUCGAUGGAGGUCACCAAAAUCCGGCAGAUGUUAAGCGACGUUACCCGAGCGGUUUAAUAGGAAAUGGCGGCAGUUGGGGCAGUUUACCGCUACCACAGCAACCUUUAGGCACCAAUGGUGAACAGUGGUACAUGGAUACGUUUUCGGCAUGGAGUUAAAACCACACAGCAACCCAAUUGAAAUCAAUUAAAAGCAUCAUUAACGACAACAGCAGCCACACCAGGAAGUUACAGCCACAAAUAAUAAUAUUCUCCAAGCGACAUCCUGGAAAAGAAUCCUUCGCGUCAUAGUAAAAAAAAAACCCAAAAAAUAAUAGCAACCAAUCUUAAAAGCAAUAAAUUUAAUUUCAACAAACUAUAUAAGGUAUAAGAAAUACAAUUAGCCACAAUUCAAAAGCAUUGUUUAGCGACUCGUUUCGAUCUUAGUUUUUUUGCUAUGAACGCCGUAGAUUGCGUCCCUCUAAAUAACUAUAAUAACAAGUCAAGAAAUCAAGAAAUCAGCAAUAGCAGCAACAAAUAUGUCGAGUAGAGUAUAUGUAUUGUAUGUAAUCACUUAAAUAGCCUUUGCAGCGAGAGCAUUUUAAACGAAAACCUUUCAUUUAGCGAAACAAGUUUAGCAGAUUUGCCCAAAACAAUUUUUAAAAGCAUCAGCCUCACAACUUAGAUAAACCAAAGUCAAGUCGUUUUAAAAGUUCACAACAAAAAGUAUAAGGAAAUUUGUCUCAUAGCGUUUUUAACUCGAAAUUGAAAUUGAAACAAUAAUUGAGCAUAUAUAGCAAAACCUAUAAGAAAAUUACAAACAAAAUAUAUUAAAUAUAUUUAUCUAUAACUAUAUAGAGAGAGCAGUCUAAGCCCAAACAGAUUGAUUUUAAAUCUUAAGCAGCAUGUAGCACCCCUUUUAUACAUUGAAAAAGCGUAAACAACCAAAUUCAAAACCAAUUCGACUCGAAACCUUUUACAAUAUUUACAUGGGCAUUACAAAAAUAGCAAGUGAAAAGCCAAUUUUAGACAAGCGAUUUCUUCUUUUGUAUAUAGCCAAUGGAAAGCUGGCAAGCGCUGAAGCCGAAGACAUAUGGAAAUCCCAGACAUAUAUACACGAGAUCAAGCUCAGAUGAAUUGAAAAGCUGUUUAAUAUUCUAAGAACACCAAGAAACACAAUUCAAGUUGAAAAGCAAAGCUUAGUGAGGAAACAUUGACUGACAAAAAUAAAGAAAAAAGAAAAAACAAAUUAUUAAUUAGAUUGAAUGAGUUGAUAUGAGAACGAUAAGCAAAUACAAAAAUUAAAACGCAGCCGGCAUUGUUAUAUAAUGCGACUGGCGACUGCAACCGGCAAGACUUUCUGCAUAAAUUCGAAAACAAACUAUUUUUUAACAACGUAAGUUUUAGGCAACUUCAAAUCAAUUAUCUGUCAGAAGUAAAAAAAGAAAAAAAUAUGUAGAGCUAAGUAAUUGCACACAUACAAAACUACACUUAAAACUCACUGAUAAUACUGAUAAGCAGAUUUAAAUCGCAAAUCAACAAGAAAUUUGACUAGUGUCUGCAAAUCGAAGCAACGAAUUAGGAAGAGAACACACUGACGCGGAGACAACACAUCACAAACAGUAAAAGUAAUGAGCCUAAUAAUAAAAUUGAUUAUGAAUUUUAAUAACAAUAACGCAUACUUAAUAUUAACACUUGUAACGAGUACGAUUGAACGAUCGAAUCGUGCUUAAUGUUGGAUAAAGCAAAGAUAACUAAAACUAUAAAAUCAAUUAGCCAACGCUCAAGUGCAAAUUAGCAGAAGAACUAAAAUUCUAUUUAAAAUCCACUUAUCUAAUAUCGAAUUCAGAUUAAACUCUUUUUCCCCACUUUCCUUUACUCAUCAUCUAUAACUGCUACGCACACAGAUAAUACGGAAGAGAACACAGCCCUAAGCUAAAGUAAUGAAUAUAUCAAGCUGACUUGCAAAAAACUUAACUAACUCCAUGCCUAAAAAAAUAAAACGCCACACACGUGUCAAAAUACGUUUAUGUAGGGAAAAUUAUUGAAACAAAAACUUGCCCGUUUUUUUUCUACUUUGCAAAAUUUUAACGAAAAAUUGUUUGGUUGAACAAAAAUUCUGUCGUUUACGUUUCCGCUAUUGCUAGAUCUCAAGUAAAGCAAAAAGUUAAUUAAUAUAUAUAAAUGUAUAAAACAAAAAUAUAUAAAUUAGUUUUAAACUAACGAAAGAAUACUUCCAAUUUUGAACUCAAGUAUAAAGCAAAAUACAAACUGUUGGCAGUUGAUAAAGGACGCGUGUGUUUUAAAACGUAUCUAUGAACAUUGUUCAGCAUAAGCCUAAAAACAAUAACUUUUUUUAAAUUUAAAAAUACACAUACACAGACACACACACCAAGCAGUUGCCUAAAGUAAAAAAUAAAAGAAAAACGAAGUAAUGAAUUAAAAAAAACAUGAAUUAAAACUUGCGCAAAAUUUGCAAACCAGCAAAGAACUUUAAAUACAUAAUAUUAGCCACAAACAAUAAGAGAAUAUAUACAACAAAUUCUAAAUGACCAUAGUUAAGCUUAAAUUUAGUAACACUCACAUACAUACACUCACACACACAUAUACACAUAAUUAUUAAAGUAAAGUAAACUGUCGUUGUAGGGGAUGAGAAGUGUGCGCCAUUUUCUAACUACAAUAACAAGAGAAAAAAAAUUACUAAAAUAUUUACCCAUUUUUUAUUUUUGAUAAGUUUCCCUAUGAAUUUCCUUAAAUAUUUGACCUUUUUAUUGAGAGAGCAUUUCACGCAAUUGCAAUUGAUUGUUGCCUUCGAAAAAGAAAGGAGAUAAUAAUUUUAACACUUUUAUAAUUUUUUUUCUUUAAACACACACAAACACAACAAAUAAAUUAAUUUGAUAAGGAAGUGAAUUAUGAAAAUUCUAUAACGCCGCGUCUUUUUGCAUGCAAAAUUUUCGAUUUUUCGCCCUAGAAAUUUCCACAUUUGGUGACUUAAAACCUUUGAACCCAAUUCAAAUUGCAAAUAUAUAAAUAUAAUUAAUUUUAACGAUUUGUUUAAUUCGAUAACUGUACUGAUUUUAUAUUGUUUUAAAUUUGUAAUUUAAUUUGUAAGUUUUUAUUGUUAAUGUGUUUUUUCUAUUGUA